AUGGAAUCUUUACCAAUCCACCUACAACCGGGUACCGACGAGCCGAUUGAAUGCUGGGAUGAUGACGACGACCUGCAGUUCAGCGAGGAUACUCACUUUCGCACCGCGUCGAGCGCGGGGUCCAUAACAAACUCCUCAUUUCGGCCCUCCGGGCACCGAGAUUCUAUCUCCUCCCGACGUUCUGCUCGCUCAGAUAUUGACUCUAAUGCGGGCGACGAAGACUGGCAGGUACCACUCUAUGACAACGAUGAAUUUGCAAAAGAAGAUGCCAUUGCUUCGGCCAAGACUGCGGGCAUCCCCAUUCCUCCAGAUAUCCCUAAGUCGGCUCUUAUUGGGGGCACGAUCAAGCGCUUGUCAACUCGAAAGACUAAGCAAACUUUUGUUGAUGACUGGUCAGAAGACGUUGAGCUCCCGGGUCCUGAAACCCUGUUACAGCUCAAAAUUCCUCAGGAAACAAUGUUUCCCGACUCCCUUCGAAAUUUGAGCUCCGCUGCUACCAGUCCAGUGAAAUCUACGGCCUCGCCAUCUUGGGACGACGAAUUCUCGAUGCGUUUGCAAUCUACUUUGCGACCAUUUGACGCCUUCCAAGAUAACAAUGAUAGUCUGGAACCCCGAGAUAUCUCAACCCUCAAAGCCCCAACUCCCCGGUCUCCGAAGAAAUUAAACAUUGGCAAUGUUGGCAGUGGUUUCAAUAUUGAACAAGAAGCAGAUGAAGAUUUCAAUCAGGAUUUUGAGCUUCCCCCAAUCAUCAACCUCUCGAAUUAUCCAAUCGAAAAGCAAAUUUCUACUAUCGGUGUACGAGUUGGUGGUACUGCAAGGGAUGGCCGUUCAGUUCCCAGUUCUUCUAUCUCCAUCGCCAGCCCCAGCGCUUCAAGCUGUCUCACGGCAGAAAGCGAAGAUGAUGGCCUCGACGGUAUCGUCAUCCCCGAUGGUCCCCUUGAUUUCAGUGCUUCUCUGCAGAAGCGACAGACUGCCCAAGCUGAGAAUAUUGAAGCGGAAGAGAGUCAGGUGAAUCAUAUUCCUUCUGACGCUGAUGACUUCUUUUCUGGCAUUGAUAUCGACAAUGAGAAGGCUUUCUCCUUUGGAAAACCCGCUCUAAACCCCAACAUAAAAUGCAAGACAGAACGGCCAUCCAGCCCAACUCGUCGAUCUGCAACAACACUCACGUUCACCAGUGCGACAGGAUCUCCACGGACGCGCAUCCCACGCUUGUCUGGUCAUGAUCGCACCCAUUCAACCCACCUUGAGACCGUGUCAGAAAGUGGUGCGCCUCUUUCCAAAUUUCGAACAUCCCAAUCACGUCUAGGGCAUUCGUCUCAAUCGUCAACCUCAAGUCUCCCAGCUGCUAACGCCAAUCCGACAUCGCCGACUCCUACACUCUCUGGUCGACGGCUUCACGGGUCUCGCAAUUCCCGGGACAUUGCCCAGGGUGGCGAGGGUAACCCUUCAGUUAGGCGUUUGAGGACGAAGCGAUCCCUGCCAUCGCUUCGUGGCUUAGGCUCGACGCCUUCAAUGACCGCUUCUCAGCGACCACCGGCCGAUCGUCCAGUCCGACUUCCCUCUACCAGACCUAAAACACCGGUGGAUCUCCCUGCAACUGAUGCGAGGUCGCUAGGUCGUAGGCCACAGGUGCCAUUUAUGCCGGCUGGUGUAUCCGAAUCCCAAUCACACCAUGCCAGCGUGAAGGGGUAUCGCUCGUCGCGUCGCACAAAUUCAGAUAGCUCUAGUGGACUUCUUAGUCCGCAGGGGACAGUCUCUCGACUCUCCCGGCCAACUCGCAAUGAGCCGUUUCGUCCUGGGUUUGGUGACCCAAGCACGGACUCUCUCGGUUCUACCAAACGAACCAUCACACGACCCGCUAAACGGCGCAAUUUCGGGGAUGGAACGGAGUUGGAGUCGUUCGAUGACCUAUCUACAUCGGUCUUGGCCGAGAGCAAAUUCGUCAAAACCCCCACCGGUCGAGGUGCUCCAAGGUCCGUCCGUGCCAGACUCAGCCAGAGCCGGAUUGAUCCCCCACACGACGAAUCCCCUACUUCAUCUUUAACAUCCCCAUCAACCGCCAAAUUGCCCAGUCCAACCCCUAGGUUUGCGCGAGAUACAAAUGCAUCUAGAAAUGCAAGGGAGCAACGCAUUGCAUCCAUGGCUAUUAACUCGAAGGCCCGUGAACCGAAUCCUCUUUCGACCUUCAACUCCAACUGGAAGUCCCAACCAAUCUCGAGGAUUCCUCCGGCGUCGGCAACGAUCAGAAGCCGGAAAGGUAAACCAAAUUCCAAAUCCACAUCCAAGCCGCACUUGAUCAAGCCCAUGGGAUCUGGGGUGCAGGAUGCCAAAUCCGUGAGGGGUAUGCGUUACAACCCAACCAAUUUCCGGUGGGAAGGAAACGAAAAUUUGGUUCAAGAAUUUGAUUCCACCCCUAAAUCACCCAAACCUGCGCCGGCUCUCAUUGCCAACGUUGGUGCGAUGCAGAAUGUGCAGACCGUUGGUGGGAUGGUCUUCGAUCCACAUCGUAUGUGUUGGCUCCGAGCAUCUCUUGGAGGUGCCGAGGAAGACGACGUGUUUGCCGGUCUAGACGACUUGGAUGACAAAAUUAACACUAUCAAUGGACGAAAUUCUGGAGUGAUUGAGGACCAAUUCCCAGUAGUUGGGGACGAUGCAAGUGCCGGUGAAUCCUCCGAUGAAGGGCCUAUGACCGAAGAAUUCGAUGUCGGCCCAGAAUUCAUUCGACGGCAGCGAGCGGAGGAAGACAAGUGGAGACGCAAGGUUGACAAAUGGGUAUUCGAUCGAGGCGAUCAUGAAAAUCAUUGGAAAUGGAUCAUCCGUGAUUUAGUGGCCUUUGACCGGGGAUCAGCAUAG